AUGUACAUGAGUUACCUGCUGGAUAAAGAAACCGGAAUGUACUCAAAUUCCAUGAGACGCCAGACUCAGAACUUCAUCAGUUAUCAUCACGUCACGGGCAUCAGUGACCCGCAUGCCCAGACGACAAGUCUGUGGAACCCCGUUUACGAAGCCCCGCUGGAGCAGUGGUCACAUUAUGGCCCCAGCGUGGGUUUCCCCGGUUCCAACCCUGUUAUGGAACAGAUACGUGACAGGUCCACUGAACUGACUUCCAUCUCGCCUGCCGGUCCCGGAAUUCUCCCGCCACUCGAUUCACAUACCAGGCAGUACUCUCCAGGCUCACAGAGAAGAAACUCGUACACUGGGAUCAGACGAAAUGUACAUUCAUCCAGCACUGGAGGGAAGACACGCACCAAGGACAAGUACAGGGUGGUGUACACAGACCAGCAGCGCCUGGAGCUAGAGAAGGAGUUCCAGUCCAGUAGAUACAUCACCAUCAGGAGGAAGACAGAACUUUCCCUGGGCCUCAGCCUCUCAGAGAGACAGGUGAAGAUCUGGUUCCAGAACAGGAGAGCCAAGGAGAGGAAGAUAACCAAGAAGAAGAUCCAGCUGUCCCAGCAGGAUUCUACGACCACUCCCACCCUGACCCCUCCCAGCCUGGCUGACCCCAGCAACGGUUCCAUGGCAACCAGCUCCAGCAGCUUGUUGUCAGAGACGAUAUCAACGACUAUCAAAGAGGAGUACUGAGGAGUUCCUUUACCGUAGA